GCGGUCGGUCGCGCGGAUGGACUGUCUCUCCCACUCGGAUGCUUGUCUCAUGUCUUGAGGGACGGCGCUUUGUUUUUUUUAGCAGUUUUCGUUCCAGACGCCACCCUCCGCUUCCCCCUCGACCACACCGCGCUCGUGUUCCCCGGCUGAAGUCAUGGCAGACCGCGGCGUGGAUCUAUCCGCCCUGCCGAAGGAGGUUAGGGACCAGUUGGCGGAGUUGGACCUGGAGCUGUCUGAAGGUGACAUCACGCAGAAGGGCUACGAGAAAAAGAGAGCCAAGUUGCUGACCUCCUGCAUCCCCCACUUGCCAAAUGUGGAUCUGUCUCUUCCAGAUGUCCAGCUUUCCCCAGGCCACAGUGCGGACCCCAGCCCGAGUCCUGAGGCCCCGGGCCCCUCCACCUCCUCAGCUGCCAGACACCACCGUGCACAUCGCAGUGGGGGGGCCAGAGACGACCGCUACAGAUCAGACAUCCACACAGAGGCAGUGCAGGCAGCGCUGGCCAAACACAAAGAAGAGAAGAUGGCGCUCCCCAUGCCAACCAAAAGACGCUCAGCCUUUGUCCAGUCUCCCAUAGAAACCUGCACACCUCCAGACACAUCUUCUGCAUCAGAGGAUGAUGGCUCAUUGCGCAGGAAGGCAGCUCUCAGUGCAGUGCUGGCCCAGAGCCUGCAGAGCCCUGACUACUGGAUCAACCGUUCCGUCCAAAGCUCCUCCACGUCCUCCUCCGCCUCCUCCACCCUCUCCCAUGGAGAGCCCAAGCCCCAACCACAGCUCCAGCCUCAACCGGCAAUUUCCUUGUUGGCCGACGUACUGGCCCACACACGCAUCGAAAACAGUAUCCCCCCUGAUGUGACAUCCACCACUCCCCAGGAUAGAGGGUCCAGGGUUGACCUGGCUCCAGCGGUCAGGGGCAUGAGCCGUGGACAGAGCCGCUCCAGCAUGAUGGAUACUGCUGAUGGAAAAGGAAAAGGUGUGCCUGUCAAUAGCAGGGUGUCCACUAAGAUCCAGCAGCUGUUGAACACACUCAAACGGCCUAAAAGACCACCACUCAGUGAAUUCUUCCUCGACGACUCUGAGGAAAUUGUAGAAGUUCCUCAGCCAGAUCCCAACACCCCGAAGCCGGAGGGACGUCAAAUCAUCCCUGUAAAGGGGGAGCCACUUGGAGUGGUCAGUAACUGGCCUCCUGCCCUGCAGGCUGCUCUGGCCCGCUGGGGGGCCACCCAAGCCAAGAGUCCUGCCCUCACUGCUCUAGAUAUCACUGGCAAACCCCUUUACACAGUCACAUACGGCAAACUAUGGAGUCGCAGUCUGAAGCUGGCCUAUACACUGCUGAAUAAACUGGGCACCAAGACUGAGCCUGUCCUACAACCCGGAGAUCGGGUGGCGCUGGUGUAUCCCAACAGUGACCCUGGAAUGUUCUGGGUGGCUUUUUAUGGCUGCCUUUUAGCUGAGGUCAUCCCUGUGCCCAUCGAGGUACCACUGUCAAGACAGGACGCUGGCAGUCAGCAGAUCGGCUUCCUGUUGGGCAGCUGUGGUGUGAGUCUGGCGCUGACCAGUGAGGUGUGUCUCAAAGGGCUGCCCAAGACACCAAACGGAGAGAUCAUCCAGUUCAAAGGUUGGCCAAGGAUGAAAUGGGUUGUGACAGACACCAAGUACCUGACUAAACCAUCCAAAGAGUGGCAGCCGCACAUCCCUACUGCCAACACAGACACCGCCUACAUAGAGUACAAAGCCAGUAAAGAGGGAACAGUGAUGGGAGUUGCCGUAUCCAAGAUCUCCAUGUUGACCCACUGUCAAGCCCUGACCCAGGCCUGUAACUACUGUGAAGGGGAGACACUGGUCAACGUGUUGGACUGCAAGAAGGAUAUGGGCUUGUGGCAUGGCGUCUUAACGAGUGUCAUGAACAGAAUCCACACCAUCUCAGUGCCAUAUGCUGUCAUGAAAGCCUGUCCUAUGUCGUGGGUGCAGAGGGUCCACAUUCACAAAGCACGUGUGGCCUUGGUGAAGUGCCGGGACCUCCACUGGGCUAUGAUGGCCCACAAGGACCAGAGAGACACCAACUUGUCUUCUAUACGUAUGCUUAUUGUGGCUGAUGGAGCAAACCCAUGGUCUGUGUCGUCAUGUGAUGCCUUCCUAAAUGUGUUCCAGUCUCACGGUCUGAAACCUGAGGUCAUUUGUCCAUGUGCCACUUCUCCUGAGGCCUUAACUGUGGCCAUACGCAGGCCUGGUGCACGAGGAGCUCCACUGCCAGCAAGAGCCAUCCUGUCCAUGGGCGGGCUGAGCCACAGUGUGAUCAGGGUGAACACAGAGGACAAAAACUCUGCUCUCACUGUUCAGGAUGUGGGCCACAUUAUGCCUGGAGCUCUGAUGUGCAUUGUGAAACCGGACGGGCCUACACAGCUUUGCAAGACGGAUGAAAUAGGAGAGAUUGUGAUCAACUCUCGGGCCGGAGGCACCAUGUACUAUGGCCUGCCUGGUGUCACCAAGAACACGUUUGAGGUGAUCCCCGUCAACCAAGCUGGAGCACCAAUUGGAGAAAUUCCCUUCAGUCGAACGGGUCUGCUGGGAUUUGUAGGACCGGGCAGUCUGGUCUUUGUUGUGGGGAAGAUUGAUGGGCUGCUGAUGGUGAGCGGGCGACGUCACAACGCAGAUGACCUGGUGGCCACCGCGCUCGCUGUGGAACCUGUCAAAACAGUUUACAGGGGGAGGAUCGCCGUGUUCUCAGUGACAGUGUUUUAUGAUGAGAGGAUCGUGAUUGUGGCAGAGCAGAGGCCUGAUGCCAGCGAGGAGGACAGCUUCCAGUGGAUGAGUCGAGUACUACAGGCAAUCGACAGCAUCCACCAGGUCGGCCUGUACUGCCUCGCCCUCGUUCCAGCCAACACCCUUCCCAAAACGCCGCUUGGAGGAAUCCACAUCUGUGAAACCAAGCAAAACUUUUUGGAGGGAAACUUGCACCCGUGUAAUAUCCUCAUGUGCCCACACACUUGUGUUACCAAUCUGCCCAAACCACGGCAGAAACAGCCAGUGGAUGUUGGUCCAGCUUCUAUGCUGGUGGGCAACCUGGUGGCAGGGAAACGUAUAGCCCAGGCUACAGGCAGAGAGCUGGGUGUGGUGGAGGACCAGGAUCUGAUCCGAAAGCACCAGUUUUUGUCUGAAGCUCUGCAGUGGAGAGCCCAGACCGACCCAGACCACGUCCUGUAUGUGCUGCUUAAUGCCAAGGGGGUGGCAGUGUGCACAGCCACUUGUUCUCAGCUUCACAAGCGAGCAGAAAAAAUCACAGCCGCCAUAAUGGAGAGAGGAGGCCUCAACACAGGAGACAAUGUGGUGCUGCUUUAUCCCCCAGGCAUUGACCUGAUAGCUGCCUUCUAUGGCUGUCUCUAUGCGGGGGUCAUCCCCGUGACAGUGAGGCCGCCUCACCCACAGAAUCUGGCUGCUACUCUCCCCACCGUCCGCAUGAUCAUCGACGUGAGCAAAGCAGCCUGCAUCCUCACCACUCAGCCUCUCAUGAGGAUCCUCAGGUCCAGGGAGGCUGCUGCCAGCGUCAACAUCAAGACGUGGCCAACCAUCAUUGAUACAGAUGAUCUCCCCAGGAAGCGGCCUCCACACAUUUAUAAACCUCCCACAGCGGAGAUGCUGGCCUACCUGGAUUUCAGUGUGUCCACCACAGGCAUGCUGACUGGAGUCAAGAUGUCCCAUGCUGCAGUCAGUACUCUGUGCCGCUCCAUUAAGCUGCAGUGUGAGCUCUACUCCUCACGACAAAUCGCAAUCUGUCUGGACCCGUACUGCGGCCUGGGCUUCGUCCUAUGGUGCCUCUCCAGUAUUUACUCAGGUCACCAGUCCAUCCUUAUCCCUCCCCUGGAGCUAGAGAGCUCACUGCCUCUGUGGCUGAGCACGCUCAGUCAGUACAAGAUCAGAGACACAUUCUGCUCCUACUCUGUCAUGGAGCUGUGCACCAAAGGCCUCGGCACUCAGACAGAGAUGUUGAAGGCGCGGGGUCUGAAUCUGUCGUGCGUGCGGAGCUGCGUGGUGAUAGCGGAGGAGCGGCCCCGUCUCACUCUCACUCAGGCCUUCUCCAAGCUCUUCAAGGACCUCGGCCUGUCGUCACGCGCCGUCAGCACCGCUUUCGGCUCCAGGGUGAACUUAGCCAUCUGCCUACAGGGCACUGCGGGACCAGACCCCUCCACCGUCUAUGUUGACAUGAAGUCUCUGCGUCACGACAGGGUGAGACUGGUGGAGCGAGGAGCGCCACAGAGUAUUCCACUCAUGGAGUCUGGCACUAUCCUGCCGGGAGUGAGGGUCAUCAUCGUCAACCCAGAGACCAGAGGCCCGCUGGGAGAUUCACAUCUUGGGGAGAUCUGGGUGAACAGUCCUCAUAGCGCCAGCGGCUACUACACCAUCUACGGGGAGGAGAGCCUGCAGGCUGAUCACUUCAACACCAAGCUCAGCUUCGGGGAGCCCCAGACUCUGUGGGCCAGGACGGGCUACCUGGGCUUCAUCAAGAGGACGGAGCUGCUGGAUGCAAGUGGAGAUCGUCAUGAUGCCUUGUUCGUGGUGGGCUCUCUUGAUGAAACGUUGGAGCUGAGGGGAUUGCGUUAUCACCCCAUCGACAUUGAGACGUCUGUGUCCAGGGCCCACCGCAGCAUCGCAGAGAGUGCUGUGUUUACAUGGACCAACUUGCUGGUUGUGGUGGCGGAGCUGAGCGGCUCGGAGCAGGAGGCCCUGGACCUGGUGCCUCUCGUCACCAACGUGGUGCUGGAGGAGCACCACCUCAUUGUUGGGGUGGUGGUCAUCGUGGACCCCGGCGUGAUCCCCAUCAACUCCAGGGGAGAGAAGCAGAGGAUGCACCUGCGGGACUCGUUCCUGGCCGACCAACUGGACCCCAUCUACGUGGCCUACAACAUGUGAACACCCUUCACCCACCGAUGCAGAAAACUGAGCCAAGCUCCAAGGACAGACGGAAGGGAGAGAGAACCGGGGGUGCGUUCAGUAGCAGCCUGGAUGUCAAACCACAGACACGCGUUCAAAACACCAAACAAUGUGGGGAUGAGAGCACAGUACCAGCACUGUAACGAGAUCGUGCUUCCCUCUCUGAAACUGUUCCUUCUUUGCUUCCACCUGCUCGAUCGCUGCAGUCCAGGUUCACUGAGAGUCUUUCUCCUCUUAAAGAGUAGACAUAUCUGUCAGCUGGAGGAACUUUCAUCUUCAUCCUCUCUGUGCAUCCCACUCCUCCCUCAUCGCUCGAAUUCAUGUUUUUUACAAGACAUUUUUAAUUAACUUUCAUCAAAGAAAGAAUGUUACACCCCCUCCCCCCUUCCAUUCCUUGGUUUUUAACCUGAAGCAGUCAUCCCUGUGUGUUUUAAUUUUUUUAGUCCCCGCUGUGUUCUGAAGGGCAGGAAGGUGGAACUGGAACUGCUGAGAGGAGCUGGAACUUUCCCCUCUUGCACUUUUAAGUCCUUGCACCUCUGAGUCCACUUCCUGUCUCACAAACCUGCCUCAAGAGGACACCCCCCACUACAAGAGCAAAUCCACAUCAGUAUUAACAAGUGCCACCAGCGAGUGCAGCCCACAUGUUACCUUCCCAUUACCAGGUGCACCGUGGCUCUCACCUCCCAUCGUAUACUGUGUUUGUCAGCGUUCACACAAAAGGUCCAAAAACACACUUGAAUCAUUUUGUUAGUGCGGGAAAAGAAAGUCUCUUCAUAAACCUACAAAUCUGGAUAGUAAGGAUAAAAUGUAUUCUUCAUUUUCAGUUUAAGUAGGAGUUGAUCCAUUAGACAGUUCUGUGAUAGUGCUAAAGAAUAAUAUUUCUGAAAUAUAACAGGAGAAGAGUCACUUUGCAGUGCUGGGGUUUAGGUUGAAAUAGUCACAGAGCAGUAGAUCGGAUGGUCAAGUAGCCUCAUGGGUUAGCAUCACACAUGAGGCAAUGCACUGGGCUUCUGAUCUGCUGAAAAAGAAAUAAAUACCCAGAUCUUUGAAACACCGUGAAGGUCUUUUAAAAACACUUGCUGCCGUUCACAGGUUAUUUCCUGGCUUCUCAAAGACUCUUCCGAACAGGGGAUGAAUAAAUACAUCGUCUGUUCCUCAGUGAAGAACAUCUUUAACCCCUUUCCCGAGCCGCAGUUCAUCAAUUUAUCAGUACAACUGAUAUUAAAGUCUUUUAGAUUGUUUCACAUAUCGUACAAAUUGAACACGGACCUGCAUCAUUUCUCCAUCUGUGUUGGGAGAUAGUUAGCUUGUUUUGAUAAUUUACCAUCGUCUAGUUUGAACUGUGAUCAGUGAUCUGUUAGCUUUGAGUCUGUGCUUAGUUUUCCCAUCUCAAAGCAAACAACAUUUUUUUUAUUUAAUGCUGUCGUCACCGUCGAUGAAGUAAAUGUGGAUCAUCAGAAGGCAAGUCAGGGCCUUUUUUUAUUGCACCAUUGUGACAUUCUCAAAAUCCAUAUUGAUCAAAUAGGAUCUGGAGAAUGAGGAAGUUCCUCUGCCUUACUACACCUGUGGAUCUCCAGUUCUUCUAACAUCUGAUCUCACAUAUCUGGCUGUAAUGUUAAAACUGCUCCGACGUUUUUAGAUAUUUUUUUAUGGAGGAGUGCUUGAGGGGGUAAGGGGUGUCUCGUUCUUUAUUAAUUUGUGUGUCAUGCCUUUCUCAUUUCAUCAUUUAAACCAAUUCUCUCUGAAUGUCUGCAACACAAAAAUAAAACGUCAAAUCAAACAUGAAUAGCAAACAGUAAGCAGCUCGUGAUUUAAAUGGCAGAGUCCUCCUUUAAGAAGGGAGGUCAUAAUAAAUGAGGGUAAUAAGGAUGUUGUCUGUAUACUGUAUCUUAGAGGUCAAAUACUGUAUUACUGGUGUUAAUGUGUACAUGAAAAUGAACUUUGUCCAUCGGAACAAAAAAACUUGACUGAUCUUUCAUACUUGACUGCAUUUUUUUAUUUAACUGUAUCACAUUGCAAAAGAGAAAAAAAACGGUUUCCGAUUAUUUUGGCAGGAACAAUGUGCACUUUCCCAAUAUCAUUUUGUGCGUGUGCUUAUGUCUGUGUGUGUGUGUGUGCGUACAAGAAGGAAUGUGUGUGUGUCCAGUUUAACAUUGAUAUUUAGCUUUUCUGGUGCAACAAUGUUUGUUUUUUGUAAGAAAAUUAUGCCAGAAUAUUAAACCUUUUUUUUCUUCUUCUUUCUUUUCUUUUUCUUUUUUUAUGUCGCCUCCACUGUAUUUUUUUUGUUUUGUUCUUUUCAUCCAAGAUUGGAAUUUUAAUAUAUUUUUUAGGGGUUUCAUCAACAUUUUCCUGAUGUAAUCUUUUCUUUAUAACUGCACAACUUGUGCAAACGGCUGGUUUGGUUUCCGAAGCAGCUUGACACCGUACAGCACAUCUGUAAACCACUCUCAUUCAGUGACGGACACCGACCACCUGUAUGCGAACCAGUAUCUGGGACACGUUAUAUUCAUGAAUAACAAACUGAAGCUUCUGAGCUACUGUGUGACAAUUGCUUUGUUGCUACUGUUUCAAUCCAAUGAGUUUGAAUAAAGUUUUAUAAUUUCAUUUCGCCCUUCAAGCCUUUUCAAAUAGACAUUGGUGCUAUUCAACAAGGGAAAGUUUGACAGGCUUUUUUCCUCCAAUGUCAUGAAAAACAAGGUUUCUUCCUGGAUGCCCUUUUUGUGUGAAAAAUAAGUCGUUCUUUUCUUCAUGCCAACAUCUUCUCACUCACCGCUCAGUUCUAAAACUUUUACCAUCACCAGUUUUCAUCAGCUCUGAGAUUUGAUGAAAAAUCUCCCAAUGGGCAACUGCACGAGGACAAUGCAAGUCGACGUUUUUUCCAUUCGGAUAUUUCCUUUUUCCAGUUGUCAUGUAGUGAGGAAUGGCGUUUGUUUUGAACCUCCGACGUUGUUUCUUAAGCACAAAAAUGUAAAAUGUACAUGUGAGGUAAUGAAAUUAGGAUCUUUCACACAAAAGUCACAAAAACUCAAGGGCCCACAAUGUAUACCUCAACGACUGUCUGUUCACUAUGCAUCGUCGAGCUGCAGCAAAGACAUUCUGAACUAGUCAAUGGUGCGAUAACUUGUAACAUGUCUUACUUGACAAAAACACUGUCACACUGUCAUUGGAUGUGUUUUAUGUCAAAUAAAAAAAGAUGCUUUGUCAGA